GACUUAUUUGGAAGCAACGAAAACAUUUCUUGCCAUGGCCGGCUUGUCAACCAACCGCAUUGUGUUUAUUUUAAUAACGUUAUGGGUGGUGGAUUCACUUUCUGCAAUCCCUGGACAUACAAGUCAGCACCCAACUACACCGGAUCCAGGAAAUCCAGUUGAGGUAUCUACAAGACCAAGUGAAAGUACAUCUAAUAACGAAAUUCCAAGUGGCGAAGUACAGAAGGACAGCCCACAAAAACAUAGGAAGAAGAAAAGAUGCCGUAGACGCCAAAGGACUUUCAUUCGAAACCCCAACUACAUAAUUCCCAACAAAUGUUACGAGAAGGAGUCCCAGAGGGCGUCUAUGCGAAAGUUGUACAGAAAUCUCCCACUUCCGCAUCCGGGGGCUAAAGGUGGCAGCUCUCAGGUACACAGAAAGAAAAAAAAGGGACAAACCCUAACAACGCCUAAGGAAUCCGAUCUGGAAAAAGAUGCCAAACCAUAAUGACAUGUGAAAUGUCCAAUGUAAAUAUGGAGGGAACCACAAAUCAAAAAUUCAAACAACCACAAUACACAAUAAAUUAAAUUAGCGGCAAAUAAUA